AUAGCUGUACGGUUACGGGUAUGGCUACGGGAGAGUGGCCCGAUAUCGGGAAUGGAGUGUCUGCUGUGAGGCUCUGGAACGGCCACAUCUUGGAUUUGCUUUCACCCCAGUUGGAAGAUACCGGCCUCAAGACGACGACAUUCUUGCAACACUUUAAGGACGUCGUCACGACGAAGUUCACCGGCAGGGACCACCACCUGCCACCGCUGCAUCCGGCCCACCCGGCCCAUCCGGCGCACCAGCAGUCCGCGCUGCACCACCACCACCAGCCGCACCAGGCUGUGGCCCAGAGCUUCUCCACCAUUUUCCCGACGUAUCUCGGCAUGGACCGCGCCGCCGGCGGCUGUGGCGUGGUCACCAGCUCCGCCACCGCCCUCGGCCCGGGCGGCAUAGCCAACGGCGGUGGGGUCGGUGUCAGUGGAGCCCUCAGCGGCCUGGAGGCCAUGUCGGCCGAGUCCACGGGCCUGUGCCUGCAGGAUCUGGUGAGCGCCGGCACGGCUAAUGGAGCCGGCUCGGCGGGCUCCGCGGAGAGCGCAAACACCACCAGCACCGCCCUGAGCAGCGGAAGCACUGGCAGCUCCACGGUGAACGGCGGUGGCAGCAGCACCUCUGGCACAGAGCACCUCCACAGCCACCACAGUCUGCACGACUCGAGCUCCUCGGUCAGCAUCUCACCCGCCAUCUCGAGUCUGAUGCCCAUCAGCAGCCUCAGCCACUUGCACCACUCGGCCGCCGGCCAGGACCUGGUCGGGGGCUACUCCCAGCAUCCGCAUCACGGCGUCGUACCGCCGCACACACCGAAGCACGAGCCGCUCGAGAAACUCAGAAGCUUGUUCUUUUCAGUUUGGGCCGAAACUGGCGAUUUCCGUGAUAGUCAUAGCUCCAUGACCGCCGUAGCGAAUAGCUUGGAUAGCACCCAUUUGAACAACUUCCAGACAUCGUCGACAUCCACGUUAACGAACCGGAGUCGGGAUCGCAAAGAUGGAAAUCGGAGUGUCAACGAGACCACCAUCAAGACGGAGAACAUAUCCAAUUCGGGACAUGACGAGCCGAUGACCACCAGCGCGGACGAGCCAAAGAACGACAAGAAGAACAAGCGGCAGCGCCGUCAGCGGACCCACUUCACCUCGCAGCAGCUGCAGGAGCUGGAGCACACGUUCAGCCGCAACCGAUACCCGGACAUGUCCACCCGCGAGGAGAUCGCCAUGUGGACCAACCUCACGGAGGCGCGCGUCAGGGUCUGGUUCAAGAACCGCCGGGCCAAGUGGCGCAAGAGGGAGCGGAACGCCAUGAACGCCGCUGUGGCUGCGGCGGACUUCAAGUCCGGAUUCGGGACGCAGUUCAUGCAGCCGUUUGCCGACGACUCGCUGUACACGUCGUAUCCGUACAACAACUGGACAAAGGUGCCCUCGCCGCUGGGCACCAAGCCGUUCCCCUGGCCCGUGAAUCCACUGGGAUCGAUGGUGACGGGCAAUCAUCACCAGAACUCCGUGAACUGCUUCAACACGGGCGCCAGCGGCGUGGCGGUGAGCAUGAACAACUCGAUGCUGCCCGGAUCGAUGGGCUCCACGCUGACCAACUCGAACGUAGGCGCCCCCUGCCCCUACACGACGCCCGCCAACCCGUACAUGUACCGCGCUGCCGCCGAGCCCUGCAUGAGCUCCAGCAUGUCCUCGAGCAUCGCUACCCUGCGGCUGAAGGCCAAGCAGCAUGCCACCGGCUUCGGCAGCCCCUACUCGGCCCCCUCGCCCGUCUCGCGCUCCAACUCCGCCGGGCUCUCCGCCUGCCAGUACACGGGCGUGGGGGUCACGGACGUUGUCUGAGAAAACGCGCUCGGUGCUCUGCUUAACCAGCAUCAGCACCACUUGCAGCACUUCUCCACCCACCAGUCGGCGGGAAUGGGAGUGGGCGUGGGCGUGGGCGUGGGGGUGUCGCACAAUGGCAUGCAACAGCACCUGGGGGGAGGUGGGGGCCACGGGGGCCACGUCAACGGUAUGCUGCACGGACAUGGCCACAGCAGCAGCAACAGCCUGCUGAUGGAUCACGGCGACCUUGGCCACUCCGAAGAGGGUGCAGGCGGUGGACACAGCAUCGAGGGGGACAACAAGUCGCCUCUGGACUCCAACGGCCUGAUGUCCGGCGGAGGCACCUCCAGCGGCGGUGGUGGCGGCACCAACGACAACGUCGACGAAGGGGAGGAAGACGUUAUAGAUUGAGAGAAUCCUGGAACGGAAGUACGAGAUAAAUAAAUCAAUCUAUAGGCAAAGCAAAGUCGCAGGAGAGUUAGCUUAAGCAUUCAGAAAUAAUUUUAGAUGUUUGCGUAAUUUACGGAUAAAUAAAGAAUACCGAAACCCAAA